AUGAGAGAGUUUGGCUUGUUCCUUCUGUGCCUCCUUCAUGUCUCCAGGAAGGGUGUGCAGUCCAACGGCUGGUCCGUUCAUGUCCCAUCUGAUGUUACUGGUGAACUCGGGAAGAUGGUUAUCCUGCCCUGCACCUUCACACACCCCUACAAAACAUUUGACCGGACCCUCACUGCCAUUUGGAGGAUCAAAGAGCCCUACAACGGGACAGUAGUUUUCAAGUGCAUUAGUCAGAGCACCAGCGAGCUCUGUAAGACUGCCAUCAGCUACAAAAACAAAUACAAACUGCUCGGCAACCCCCGGCACAAGGACCUUUCCAUCAGGAUUGACAACCUGACGUGGAGCGACAGCGAGAGGUACUUCUGCCGGGUGGAGUUGGCUGGAGACAUCCAUGACAAGUAUGAGAGCAGGAAAGGGAUAAAGCUGCAUUUGAUUGCUGCCCCCCGGAUCAUCAACAUCACGGUCAGCUCCAACGGGGACCGCAGCUUCCAGGCCCGCUGCACAGCCGAGGGCGAGCCCGCGCCCACCCUCACCUGGAGCGGCCCGCCCCAUGCCAACCUCUCCUCCAGCAGCACCACCAGCCACCGCGUCACCAAGGAGCUCCGCUCCCUCACGCACGACGGCAAGUACACCUGCACUGCCGUCAACACCCACGGCCGAGCCGAGGGGGCCGUCUACUUCUAUAAGUUCAAAGAGUCUGACGGCUCCUUCUUCCUGAUCCUGAUCUUUGUGCCGCUGGGAGUUAAAGUGCUCGUUUUGCUGGUGAUCCUGAGCGUCGCUGUUUUCUCGAGGGGAGAUCCCUCCUCUGCUCCAUCCAGCCUGGCACGGCCACAGCUGCAAGAUUCCACCUAUGAGAACUUUGACCGUAGACACGGUGGUGACCAGACUUUGCCAACAGAAACAAGAGCUUCAAGACGCAGCUGA